AGUAAGAUUGGUGUAUCUCGUCAGUUUGCUGGUGACUAUAUCUUCAUUAAACUUCAAGACAUUUGCAGUAAACAAUUAACGGAAAUAAAAGAGACAAACAAACAGGGCAAAGACCAGCCAAAUGAAAAUUCAACAAAAGAUACUAAUUCAGCUGAAGUUGAACAGUUCAAGUUUAGAAACCACAUUGCUGCUCUCCAUAUGGCUUCUGUAAAAAAGAACAAAGAUAGAAGUAAUCUUCUUCAUGAGAUUGGAUCACAUCGGCGGGCUCUCUGUGCUAGGAGAGAUUUGGAGAUUCGGCGCCAGCUCUGCCAGAUUGAUAAGAAUGUAGAACAGCCUAGCCUUUAUCCAAGUCAGAUUUUUGACAGUGACCUAUGUAAAUUAAGUGUUCAGCUUUUUAAACAAGGACAUGAUUCCAAUGGAAGGAAGGACAAUCUGAUGCUGAAAGAAGUUACUUGUUCUUCUUGAGGAUUGAGACAGAUAUAGUUGAAAUACAUACAUACAAUUUUAGGUUACAUUUUAUUUUCCUCAAAACACUUGUUUUCAUUGCUGUGCUUUGUACAUAUCACUAAAA